AUGCCGCCAAGGAUAGCUGGGCGACCCCGAGGAAGAGGAAGAGGACGUGGUAGAAGGCCACACCCUGAGCCCGAAAGACAAUACGUAAACCCUCCGCCACCAUCUCCACCUCGAUCACUUUCGCCUCCACUUGCCCCGACAGUGGAUAGGACUGUCAUUAACACCUUUCUGAAAAAGAAGCCGCCAACAUUUGACGGAAAAGGCGACCCCGCUGAAGCGGAAUCGUGGAUACGUGCACUAGAGCGCCUGUUUGACUUACUGCAAUGCACAGACGAUGAGCGUUUGGUUUGUGCCUCACUCCAACUGACUGGGUCAGCAGAUUAUUGGUGGGAAGCCCGCAAAAAGAUAAUGACCCCGCAGCAGCUAGAGGACCUAACUUGGGGUCAAUUCAAGACAGGAAUCUACGAAAAAUACAUCCCCAAGAGCUAUAAAAAGCAGAAGGAAACAGAGUUCUAUAACUUGAAACAGGGACGAAUGUCAGUGACAGAAUAUGAUCGCACUUUCUUUGACCUGUCCAGGUACGGAGUUGAUCAAGUGGAUACGGAUGAAAAGAUGUCCGAGAAAUUUUGUGCUGGCUUGAGGCACGAAAUAAGAGUAGCAUUGGCUAGCCGUGGCGGACUACCAUAUUCCGAAGCUCUAAAACUGGCCUUAGACAUUGAAGCUGCAUUGCCUAAAGAAAGACCUGCACCCAACCCUACAAAUAUGUCACUGCAGACCUCGUCCCAAGCCCCAAGGGACAAAAGGAAGUGGGAAGGAAACCAGAACCAGUGGGGACAAAAGAAGCCAUGGCAUGGACCACCCCGCCCACAAAACUUUGCAAGGCAGCCUAUCUUUAAACCGACAGGAAUCACUCAACCAAGGCCAAAUCUUUGUCCCAAAUGUAACAAGCCCCACAGCGGAAUCUGCAGGGCCGGAGAAAUGAUUUGUUUUACUUGUGGAAGGAAUGGCCAUAUCGCCAGGAACUGUCAAAAUGGACUCCAGAGAAGGAGUGCACCAACUAACCAGCCAGCACAACGUCAACACUUGCGAGCUCUACAUGCAGACACCCAGAACCACCAGACCCCGCAUCCACAACGACCGAGCCUCUCAACUCAAGCUAGGGCAUAUGCAUUGGGACGAAACCAACAGAACAACAACCAUGGGAAUUUGGCAGGUAUGGGCACUCUAUUGAACGUACCUAUUGUCCUUUUGUUUGAUACUGGUGCCUCGCACUCCUUCAUAUCAACCUCGUGUGUAAGCACUUUAGAACUCACACCAGAACCAGCCGAACCUAGAGUAACGGUGUCCUCACCAGUAGGAGGAGUUAUAGAAAUCACACAAAAGUGCUCGAACCUAGAAAUCACGCUCGGAGAACGUAAGGUUAUUGCUAAUAACUUGGGGGUCAUGAAAAUGGAAGAUGUCGAUAUUAUACUAGGGAUGGAAUGGUUGGCCAAGAACCACGCCACCAUCAAGUGCAGUGAAAGACAUAUUUCCUUUCAAACUCCGGGAGAAGAGCAAGUUGAGCUCCAUGGAAUCACUAUGAACAAGCGCAAAUCCAUAAUUUCGGUCCUACAAGCAGCCGCGCUGGUGAAAAAAGGGUGUCCCGCCUACCUCGUCUACUUAAGCGAAGAACAUAAUGAAGAAAAGAAGAUUGAGGAUGUGGAUAUUGUACGUGAAUUUCCGGACGUAUUUCCUGACACGCUGCCCGGGUUACCCCCAGACAGACGACUGGAAUUCACCAUCGAUUUGGAACCAGGAGCCGCGCCAAUUUCAAAGGCGCCAUACCGAAUGGCCCCAAAGGAACUGGGAGAACUGAAACUACAACUGCAAGAACUUUUAGACCUGGGUUUUAUCAGACCCAGCGUGUCACCAUGGGGAGCUCCUGUACUUUUUGUCAAGAAGAAGGAUGGAACGUUGAGGAUGUGCAUAGACUACCGAGAAUUGAACAAGGUGACACUCAAGAAUAAAUACCCAUUGCCAAGGAUAGAUGAUUUAUUUGACCAGCUUAAGGGGGCCAGUAUAUUUUCUAAGAUUGACUUAAGGUCCGGGUACCACCAAUUGAAGAUCCGGUCCGAAGAUGUACCCAAGACAGCUUUUCGCACCAGGUACGGUCACUAUGAGUUCGUAGUAAUGCCUUUUGGAUUGACCAAUGCCCCUGCGGUGUUCAUGGAUUUGAUGAAUCGCAUAUUUCACCCAUAUCUCGACAAAUUCGUCCUGGUCUUCAUAGACGACGUCCUCAUCUACUCGAGGAAUAGAUCGGAACACGCUGAGCAUCUAAGAACUAUCCUCGAAACGUUGAGGACCGAGAGACUUUAUGCUAAAUUCAGCAAGUGCGAGUUUUGGCUCAAUGAGGUUAAUUUUCUUGGACACAUAGUAACGGCAGAAGGAAUUCGGGUAGAUCCAGCAAAGGUAGAGGCCGUAUAA